CUGGACACAUACAUACCCAUCUUAGUAGCUCCAUUUCGCCCUGCCUGUCUGUCACCCCCUGUCCGCCCAAAGCAAGUAGCCUGAAAAUGUCUAUCGAAAAUGAGUCCGAGUCAGCGGCCUGCUUCCUCAGCUUAUCACAAAAGCUCUCCGACAUCUUCAAGCUCACCUCCGAUCGUCUGAACCAGAUAUCCGAUUCACUUUCGUCAAUAAUCGACUCACAACCCAGCCUGCUCCUUCAACUCAACCCAGUCGAAUUUCCCAAUCAAAGCUCUCGACAUGCUCCUCUGGCUGCCAUCCGUACAGAAAUUAAUCAUCCGUCUCAACUUGCCGCACAACCAGCCCCAUUUCCCUCCGCUACAUCGGAACCCCUGCCCGGACCCCGUUCGGAUAAUGACCCGCCAUCACUGCAAAAACGGGAUAAACACGGGCCAGUCAGCAAUUCGCACAGCGGGUUUAUACCUGAUCUGAGAAGUGCCGAUUUAAAUGGACAAAAGAAGUUAUUACCCUGCACACCACCAACACUGUGCGAGGCUUUACCAGUCGUCUCAGAUCAUGUCGAAUCCGAAGGACUUGCCGAAAUCCGAAAUCCGAGCUCCUGUACUCCACCGCCACCUUCUAUCACCCCUCGCCGUCUUAACCCUGAGGGCCUGGUUAUACAGGAUGAUCCCACAGAGGAUUUUGACCAGGCGCCGUCCGUCCAUCCAAAUCAGACCGAAAACGGACCAGUCCUCUUGAACCUGAGGGAACGGAUUGCUUCCCCUCCGUCGCCAGUAGCAGUUGGGCCUGCUCUUUCCAACUCUUCAAAUCUGGCUCAGCGCAUCGACCCCCGUUCUUCGCAAUCAGCCCACUCGAGUCCAAUGGACAUGAGAGACUCUGACCCUCCCAAGGAAGUCACGCCAAAUGAUCGAACCAGACCGGUAUCACCAGCAACCUCAUCAUAUCGCAGGCUCGGGGACUCAUCUUACGAUUACAGCAGCAGAACUGGGUCCAGCUCCCGGCGCCGCUCAAGGACUCCCUCCAGUAGAUCGUCCAAUCAGAGGUACCGGCCAGAUAGUCGACCGAGCUCGUUGCGCCGAGAUUCCAUUCCCCGUCAAACUUCUCGUCGUCCAAAUGUCUAUGAUUCCUACAAACCCGGCGGACCAACUCGGGCGCGCCGUCCACGCUCUCGCUCACUGAGUAGACGUUCUCGCUCGCCGAGUAGACGCUCUCCCUCGCCGAGUAGACGCUCUCCCUCGCCGAGUAGACGCUCUUCCUUGCCGAGUAGACGAUCUUCCUUGCCAAGGAGGCGCUCUCCUUCGCCGAGUAGACGCUCUCCUUCGCCGAGGAGACGCUCUCCUUCGCCGAGGAGACGCUCUCAUUCGCCGAGGAGACGCUCUCCUUCGCCGAGGAGACGCUCUCCCUCGCCGAGUAGACUGCCGUCUGAGAGAUUGGGAAGCAAGAGACCAUCGAAUGCUCGGUUUAUCGACCGAAUCGAGAGUCGGGAGGAUCGGGACUUUGCGGAAUAUCUGGACUCGAGUCGAGGACGACCGAGUUACGAUCGGCUCAAGUCGCUUCUACGCACGCUCAGUGGACCGAAUCAUUCUGAACUGGUCGUGAGCCGUCAUCUCUGGGAGACAUUCCAUCGGUUCCGUCACCGCACCGACACCCGUGAAGAACAAAUGCUCCGCCACCUUCACCUCUACCCUGAACUCAUGCACCCGUUCCUCACCUGUGCCCGCGAACGUCAUAUCGUCACUUACCGACCAAUCGAAAACAGCCUCAGUAAGUCAACUGUAAAGCUCGACGUCUCAUGUCGAUCACCCGUCCCUCGAUAG